AUAAAAUUUGACGGGAUGAAUCACAUUCCCGAAGGCACUAACCAAGGGCGUUGUGUUGUGUACUAUAAAAAUACUAGACUUUUUUCAAACAGUUAAGUAUUUUAUUUUUAGAAAAUACAUAAUACCUUACAUGCCAACGUUCCCAAAAUGGGAACAACAUGAUAAAGACAAAAUACAGCAGCAAUAUUUUUUUUUUACUUCAAAAUCUAUUAAAAUAUGUCAAAAUCAAUAGACCUUUUACAUAUUAUCUGUUUAUUCCAAAUAUUUCGUAUAGCCGCCAUUAAAAGGUUAAAGAACUCGUCUUUGGAAAGCCGAAAAGCCUAUACCUGAAUAUUAUUAUCGUUUAAACCCAUGCCAUUCCGUUCGUCAACAGGUGUUUAACAUUUGCUGAAAAGAUGAAUGCAAUCCAAAAUUUGGUUUGCACUCUGCUAUCAGUAUUGUUCGAAAAAUCAGUGUAAACGCAUCGAUAAUUAUUUGUCGAAACGACCACGUGUUUUAUCAAAUAUAAUUUAUAUUCUGAAUAUCCAAUCGACUUGGGAAUUUUUUUGGUAAGUAACAUAAAUGUCUUUUAUCAAUAAAAAUUAUUAGUUUAAUUACAGAAAAAACAGUUGUCAAAAAAUGUUUGAUAAAGUGAAGCGUUCUUUGAAGAACGCUUGCCGGUUCAAGAAAAAAAACAAUAGUGAACUUAUUUUUGUUUUUUCAUUUUAGAAAUGGAUUAUUAGUUUGAUUACAGAAAAAACCGUUGUAAAAAAUGCUUGACAAAGUGAAGCGUUCUUUAAAGAACGCUUGCCGUUUCAAGGAGAAAAAAAUAGUGAACUUAUUUUUGUUUUUUUAUUUUGGAAAUGGAUUUUUCACGUAUGAAGCGAACCAAGCGAUUUAGAUUGGGAGACUUAACGGACGAGCAAAUAGAACAGCUCAUGAAUUCGGUUGAAACAGAUGAAGAAACGGAUUACGACAGUGAUGAUAGUGUCAAAGAUCCCGAUUUUGUUGUGGAUGAUAUAGAAAAAGACGUCAUUGCUGAAUGUUUAAAUGAAAUGGAAAAUGCUGACACUACAGAUCAAUUUCUGGACGGAUUACACAUAAGCGCCUUUGAUGUUCCUUCUGCAUCUUCUAUAUUCACGGGUAAUAAUGAAAAUUAUGAUGAAGUCGGAGUAGAUGUUGAACACCAAACUAAAAUUAGAGCUGAAAAUAAAGCAGAACUGCAAGCAUCUACAUCUUCAAGUAGACCAGCAAAAAGAAUGCGGUCACCACUUCCAAUUCAUGAAGAAGAUGGUCCGUCUAUUGAGCCAUCAGCUGGUGGAUUUAUUGGCGCAGCACUUGAUGCCAUCCAAAAAUCUGGACCGGUGAUUUCAAACAUUACAUGGCGUAAAAAAUCUAUGCGUCUACAUAUAAAUGAAGUUGCCUUUCUUGGAGAUUCUAAGCUGCCUCCAGAAGUGAAAUGCCUCAAAACUCCUAUGGAAUUAUUCAGCUAUUUUUUCACCGACAAAAUUAUUGAUUUGAUUUCAUUCAAUACCAAUCUGAACGCAUAUAGAACAAACAACGGCAGCGGGAGUCAACAAAAUUUUCAAGUGACACCUCAAUGGUUCGUCGGUACAUAG